CGCAUUCAUAGCACACUCCAGGCGGCUAAUAUGCUCCUGUUUUCGUUUUCGUUUCGUUUCCGUUUCCGUGCAAUGAGCAGUGACGCUCCGGUCCGCUAAUAUGCUCGGCUCUUGAGCUUCCCCCAAAUUCUGGUCUCUUGAAGAGUUUGCUACUGUCCUGAAGAACAACCUCGCAAUUUGCCAACUGAACUGCAUUAGCCAUGGCGGACGCCUCCCCUUCUCUGCCCCAAGCCGAGGAACUAGAUUUACAGCCGCCGCUGGACUCAGAAGCCUCUGUAAAGCCUAACCCAAUCGAAUGCACCCAAACCCAAAAUCAAUCGGAGCAAGUCUCUCAUCCUCAAUCUCCUCAAACCCUAACCCUAGAAACCCCCGAUCAAUCGGUCCUCGAUCGCGCCCAAAAUACAGUCCAGCAAGACCUACUUGUGCUUGAUCAAGAAGAAGAGGAUCCACUCGACGGCAAUCACGAGCCACAGUCAGGUGCGUCCACUGUCUCUGCUCCUACUCUCGUCUCGCCGAUUUCAGACGCCGCCGACGGCGACCCGACGCCUCUGGUCUCGCAGGCAGUCCAGCCUCGCCGACCGAACAAGCGGAAGAAGAGCGCCAGCAGGAAGAAGCUGGAAGCCAUCGAGAAGAAAGUGCGAAUCCUCAUGAAGAAUCUGAAUCCCAUCCCUUUCUUGCCCUCCGAAACCAAAUCCCUCGAUUUUGACAAGCACGAGAGGCUCUUGAAGCGGCUCGGCUUGUGGGAAUUCGUUCACAUCGAGUUCGACCGCAGCAUUCGCGUCGAUCUUCUUGCCCAGUUGAUCGCGUGCUACGACCAGAAAAUGCGGGCUAGCUACGUGAACGAGGUUAGGAUUAUGGUGAAUCGGGCCGACUUGGGUCGGGCUCUGAAGCUGCCGGUGAAGAAGGAGAAGGGUAAUGCUACGGCAUCGUCGGGCGAAGCUGUGGAUUUGGACUUGGAGACUUUGUCAGAGGAGUCAAUAGCGUUUGUCGAAGAUUUUGUGUCGAAUUGGGUGUUGUUGCACGGGGAUACUUGGAUGAUGCCAGCCGAGGUGUUGAGUUGGACGAGGGCGAUCAAGGAUGGGCACCCGGAGAAGGUGGAUUGGGCUGGAUUGAUUUGGUUUAUGGUUGACAAGGAGUUGGUUCAGGGGCACCAAUUGCAGGACUGCUACUAUGCCUCCCAUUUGCAGUGUUUAAUGAAGUCACAGCGAGUGGAGUUGCUUAUGGAAGAACUCAAGGUGGAGCCAGAGGUAGAAGUGGAGGCGAAGGGGGAAGAGGAUAGUGGUGAAGUGAAGAUGGGUGAGGCUGAUGAAUUUCGGGGACAAGAAUCUCAUGACAAUGUUGUGGAGGGACCUAAUGUUGAAUUGACUUUGGGGCAAGAAAUUAUUGAGAAGGAAGAGGUUAAAGAUGGGGACAUGAUGGAUGUGGAGGAAAACAAGGAGGAGGAACAAAGGCAAUGGCUUUUGGAGGGGAAUAAUGACAUGGGUGAUCAUUUCUUGCAGCGUUGUAAUAUGGAAGAGGCAACUGAUACAGAUGGUGCUGAUGAAGAGAGGAUGCAGGGAGAAGAAGAGGAAGAGGAGGAUGGAGAAGAGGAAGAAGCGGAUGGUGAUGAAUAUGAACUUACGACAGAUCACACCAUGGUUAGUGAAGGCUUAACAGGCAAUUCAAUUCGAGGAAUGGACACAAACCAAGUAGCAUUUAGCUAUCCAAGCCAACUUUGUGAUCAGUCUGGUCUGGUGAAUUUUGGUAGCAUAAGCAAGAGAGAGAUGAGUCACGAGCAUGAUAUUGCACAUGAUUCUCUCAAUGGCAGCAAUAAGAGGUUGAGGACUGAUGGAACCUGGGAUCAUAAGCCAUCUGAUUUUGAGAUGUGCAUGGAACAAAUGCAGCACUGGAUGGAAAAGGCUAGGAUGAUGUACGAUACAAAGGAACAAGCCUGUGAAGCAUCAAGUAUGAAUCAGCAACUUUUACUCAGUGAGGUGCAGCAAAGAGACCGUAUGUUUGAACUCUUGCAGAAGGCCAAAUAUGAUGAGCUACAGAAAAAAGAUGAAGAGAUAUUUCGUCUUGAACGCGAAUUAUAUAUGAUGGGUAAUCUCUUAGAGGGUUACAGAAAGGCUUUGAAAGAAACCCACAGAGAGUUCUCGGAAUAUAGACAACGCUGUCCGUUUCCUGAAGAGCCACUUUACAAGGAUGCUGGUCCUGGGGGCCUUGUUCUGAGCACCAUGGAACUGGAAAAACAACGCCUGAAGCAAGAAGAAGAAGAUAGGUUGACUCGUCUGAUGAUUGAAGAGAGGAUAAAAGAGUUUGAAGGAGACUUCAUCUCUAAAUUUGAGGCUCAUUUGAAUGAGGUUCAGAAUCUAAACAAGCAGUUGAUGGAUUUUGAGAAUGAAGUGAAAUUGCUGAAGGAAUUGUCUGCAAAGCGUAAGGUUUCUGGUACUCCUGAAUGUGCAUCACAUGAAUGAUGCACUCAAAACCUUCUCAAUCUGAUGCUAUCGAAAUGUAUGUCCUACUUGGCUUUUAAACUUUACUUAUGAUGAUAUGACAUGCUCUGGACUGUGCAUGGUAUAACAACUUAUAUAUUCUGAUCUAAUUUUGUUGAUCUUGUA